AUGUCGGCCCGGAAGCUCGGAGGAGGGAGGAUCAUAGGAAACGGGAAAGGCCUCGCGCCGCCCCAGCCUCACCCUCGACCGUCGAAGCCGCGCGCACGGGAAACCAGCCCCUGUGCGCCCUCGGACGCCUCAUCCACCGACCACUAUUCCACCUCCCAGAACUCCAUCUCCCCGCCCUCAUCUUCCACCCCCAUCGCCGACUUUGGCCCCCAGGACCUUGCCUCCCGGAUCAGUAUCGGCGGCCCUUCCGAUGCUGACGCCUCCAGCUCGAGGCUGGUCUGUCCAAUAUGUGACGACGAGAUGCUGACGCUGCUCCAACUCAACCGCCACAUCGAUGACAACCACCAAGAGCUCCCCGAGGUUCAGCAGGACGAGGUCAAGACGUGGUUCGACAAGCAGGUCCUCAAGGCCAAGCGCUUCCAGCCCCUGUCGCUGAUCAACUCCAAACUACGCGGCCUUGAAGUCUUCGAGCCGAACGAGACAACCAAUCGCACCGCCUCCUAG